AUGGCGGACGACGUGAGAGCGCUGCUCGCGUCGGUCGCAGCAGAGUCGGAGAGCCGGGCUGAGCGCUGCCUGGAGCUGCUGCAAGCCAAAGACGCCACGAUUCGUCGACUGCAGAGCGAGGUGGCGGCGCUUGCUGAAGCGCCCGGGUCGAACGUCGAGGCGGUGGCACGGGUAGAUGCCGCGGUGGCGCAGCUUCUCGAGGCGGAGGCUGCCGCCGAGGCGGCCGAGGCGCGUGCCGAGGCGUCGGAGCGGGCGAGGCGCGAGGCGGUCGCCGGCCAGGAGGCGGCCGAGGCGCGCCGUGAAGCCGCAUCGCUCGCCGCGGCGCACUUGCGCAACGAGCGCUCCGCUUGGCUCGCGGCCGAGGCGCAGAGGCGCGUCGCGGAGAGCGCCGCCUUUGACCAGGCGGAGGCGUCGCUCCUCUCGCUCGCAUCGGAGGGCCUCGAGCCAGAGGGGAGCCUGGCUGCCGCGGACAACCGCGAGGCGCUUGGUGCAGCGCUCGAUGAGAUUGCAGAGCUACGCGCACAGGUCGCUGCACUCAGCGGCGCGCUCUCGGCGGCAGACAGCGACACGCGCGCAGCGACAGAGGCGGCAGCUGUCGCGACUCGGGAGGCGGCGGCUCGCGCACGCGAGGCGGCCGAGGCGACGGAGGCUGGGCGGCGGGAUGCGCUCGAAGCCGAGCUUCGCGCGGCGCGCGAAGCGGCGGCCGCGUCAGAUGAGAGAUGCGGCCGGCAGCUGGCAGAGCAGCAGCGCGCAGAGGCGCGGUUUGCGCGGCGCUACGAGGAGGAGGCCGCGGCGGCGGCGGGCAAGGAGGCGGCGCUGCGCGCUGAGGUGGAGAGGCUGCGUGAGGCGGAGGAUCUGCGUCGGGCGGAGGCAGACGCCGCCGCCGGCGCAUCGCUUGGCGCGCAGAGCGCACUCGCCGAUGCGGAGAUGCUGCGCGCUGACCUCGCCGAAGCAGACGCGCAGUUGUGCGCCGCGGAGAGAGGGCGGCAGAGGGCGGAGGCCAGCGCCGAGUCGGCCGCGCGCGAGCUGCGCGUGUGGCGAGAGGCCGCCGCCGCCGAGGAGGCGGAGGCUCUUGCCAGCCGCUUGGCCGUCGCGCGCGAGGGGGGCGCCGUUCCUUCGCUCGGCGAGGCGGCGGCGGCGGAGGCGUCGCUCGUGAUCCCAUCCUCCGAGUCGCCGUCCCGCGCCGCGUCGCCUCCUCCGCUGCACGGCAGCAGCAGCAGCCUGAAGGCGCAGGCUGAGGCGGUGGCGCUGCGAGCUGCGCUGGACGCGGAGCAGCGGGCCCGCGCUGCCGCCGAGGCGAAGGCGCGCUCGGUCGAGACCGAGGCCGCGGCGCUUCGGAUGGCGGAGCGUGUCGCGCGGGCGGAGGCGUCACGGCUGCUCGAGGCGCCGGCCGAGGUCUCGAGGCUUCGCUGCGAGUUGAGCGCCGCCCGCCGACAGGGCGAGGCGCUUGCCGCCGCCGCCGCCCACUCGGCGUCCGAGGUGUCAGAGGUGGCGGCCUCCCGGGUGGCGGAGGCGGAGGCGCGGCUGGAGCGGGCGGAGCGGCGCGCGGAGGAGGCCGACCGUGCGCGCGCCGUUGCAGAGGCGGCCGAGGAGGCGGCGCGGGCUGCCGUGAGGCGGAAAGAGGCCGAGGCGGCCGAGGCGGUUGCGGCCCGUGACGAGAUGCGCGAGCUGCGAACCACCUCCGAGGAGGCGGCGACGGCGGCCUUUGCGGAGCUCACUGCGUCUCGCUCCGAGAUCGAGGCGAUGCAGAUCGAGCUGGCCGGCGCGAAGGCCGGCGCGGGAGCGGAGGAAGCGCGACGGGAUGAGGUGGAGGCGCUGCGCAAGGAGCUGAGCGCGGCCCGCGCGCAGGCGAGGGCGGCCGAGGAGGCGCAGCGGGGCGAGGCGGCGGCGGCGGAGGGCGACAACGCGUCGAGGGACGCGCCGCGGCGCGGGGGCUGCAGGGCGGCGGGGGCGGGUCUGGCGGGGCGGGAUCACGCGGAGCUCGAGGCGGAGCGGGCGGCGCGGCGGCCGGACGAGGAGCAGGGCGCGCCGCUUGCGGCGGAGGGCGGGGCGGCCGGCGCGGAGGCGGCCGGCGCGGGGCGCGCAGGCGUCGGAGACGGCGACCAGAGGCGCGCGGCAGCGAGGGCGGCGGGAGCGUCGAAGCGCGAGUUGCGCGCAUUGCAGGAGCAACUGCGGCAGGCGAGGAGCCGGCUUGCCGAGGCUGCGGCGGCGAACUCGGAGCGCGACGGGCUGAGCGAGGCGGUGCGUGAGAAGGGCCGCGCCCUCCGAGCAGCAACAGAGGCCCUCUCCGACGCGCGCCGUCAGCUGUCGACCGAGCGCUCCGAGCGGCGCGAGCUCGAGGCACGGCUCGCGGCGGCGCAGUCCGAGAGCGCCACGGCCGGAGACGCGUCCGCUCGGGCGCGCGCCGAGGCGCGCGCGCGUGACGCCCUGCUCAAGCAGGCGCGCGCGAAGCUAGACGAUGCGAAGGCGGCAGAGGAGAGGCUGCUCGAGGAGCGGCCGCGCUUGCUGCAGCGGGCGGCCAAGGCCGAGGCAGAGUUGCGUGGUAAGGAGCAGCAGCUCGGCGAGGCGGAGCGGAGGCUCGCCGCCGCCGCCGCCGCGGCGGCGCGGGAGGAGGAGGCGCGAGGCUCGGCGGCGGCGCGAGCCAACCGUGCCACCCGGGCGAGGCUUCGCGAGGCGGAGGAGGCGACACGCGCUCUCCGGCGGGAGCACGCGCGCGCGCUCGCCGACGCCUCGGACAGCGAUCGCGCCGCGGAGGCCGCGUGCGCCGCGCGACGCGCGACGAGCGAGGUCGUGCGCAGCUUGGCGGCUGCGCUUCUCGCCGAGCCAGCCUCGCCGGCCCGCGCUGGUGGGCCUCAGGGGUCUACGGCGGACGCGGCGGCGGACGCGGCGGCGGACGCGGCGGCGGACGCGGCGGCGGACGCGGCGGCGGACGCGGAAGAGACGAGGCGGCAGAUCGAGGCGCUGUCCGCGGAGCUCCUCGAUGCGCCGGCGUCUCAACUCGGGAUACCGCUUGGGACGCCGGCACGCGGCGGCGGCCCUCCCGCCGCUCCGAGCCCACGCACCAAGCAAGGAAGACGGGGCCGUCUGGCCAUGACCGCCGAGGCGGCGGCGGCGGCGGCAAGGAUCGACGCGGCUCUCGAUGCCGAAGUGCCCGAGAGCGGCGCGCUCGAGGCGACCCUCAAGUCGCUGCUCGCACAGCACGUAGAGCGAGCGUGCGCCCGCCCCGAACGGUCAGCCAGGAGCGCCGGAGCGCCCUCUUUUGAGUGGAGAGUCGCGUCGUAA